CCCCUGCGUGUCUGCAGCUCGGGCCUUGCCUAAUCAGCCCGACCAUGGCUUCAGCUUUGGAAGAGCUACAGAAAGAUUUAGAAGAGGUGAAGGUGCUACUGGAAAAAGCCACUAGAAAAAGAGUACGUGAUGCCCUUACAGCUGAAAAAUCCAAGACUGAGACAGAAAUCAAGAAUAAGAUGCAGCAGAAAUCACAGAGAAAAGCAGAACUUCUUGACAGUGAAAAGCCAGCUGCUGUGGUUGCUCCCAUUACAACAGGAUAUACAGUGAAAAUCAGUAAUUAUGGAUGGGAUCAGUCAGAUAAGUUUGUGAAAAUCUACAUUACCUUAACUGGAGUUCAUCAGGUCCCCACCGAGAAUGUGCAGGUGCAUUUCACAGAGAGGUCAUUUGAUCUUUUGGUAAAGAAUCUAAAUGGGAAGAGUUACUCCAUGAUUGUGAACAAUCUCUUAAAACCCAUCUCUGUGGAAGGCAGUUCAAAAAAAGUCAAGACAGAUACAGUUCUUAUCUUAUGUAGAAAAAAAACAGAAAACACACGUUGGGACUACCUGACUCAGGUUGAAAAAGAAUGCAAAGAGAAAGAAAAGCCCUCCUAUGACACUGAAGCAGAUCCUAGUGAGGGAUUGAUGAAUGUUCUAAAGAAAAUUUAUGAAGACGGAGAUGAUGACAUGAAGCGAACCAUUAAUAAAGCCUGGGCGGAAUCAAGAGAGAAGCAAGCCAAAGGAGACACAGAAUUUUAAGACUUUAAAGUCAUUUUGGGAACUGCGAUGUGGAAAUAUUGAUGUUUCCAAUGAGGAAAUGUUGGUGAGCUGCACAGAUAAAUUUGACAGAUAACUGCUUGCAUAGCCUUCUUCUAAGUAAAGGCCGUGAAUGCUCCCAUUUCCUCCUGGAGGAUUUAUUUAAAUAAAAUAUGCUUAUUAAACACUUCCUCCAAAGAUGGUUUCCUUAGUAAUCUGGGCAUUUUGUUCAAAAAAGGAUAAUAUGGUAUUCUUGUGUGAAAUGUAAAAAAGCAAGUCUUGCCUAAUGAUGAUGCCACAUUGUGUGUACUUUUGUUCAGCUAAGAUGCAGAAAACAAAAGCUGUUUUUGCCUAUAAGUUCCUGAUAUUUGCCUAUAAGUUCCUGAUACCAGCUCCCACAAUUUUAAGAAUAAGU